UUCUUACCGCGAAGUGUAACCUAUCAAAUAUUUCUCCACUUUUCGAGAGGGCGCGAAGGCAUGUCUCUCUCUUCGAAGCCGAGCUGCUGCCGCCUCCUUCGUUCUCAUCAUCGCCCAGCCAUUGCUCCCCGUUCUCCCGGAGUUUUUCUUGUCUGACACUUCCGCCAUUGCCGAGCUCUAGAUGUACGCAGCGGAGGAGGGCCGCGCACUGGACCGCAACGUGUACGCCGACACUGCGGCAGAUAUCUGGCCAUUUUAUUUCCCGGAGGCGGAUUUUGCUAUAGAUGACAGGAGGUACAAGCUUUUGGCCGAGCUGGCGGACUUCUUCUCAUCCCUGAAAGCGGAUUCCAUCCUCUCUAACGUUCAGUAUGAUAGUUGUGUCUUUCUGCCGGUUGACUUCCAGCAGCUUCAAAAAGUAUGUUUAGUAGAGGGGUUUUAUGCAAACUUAAGGGAAGUGCCCAAAGAGUCACUCUUAUGCAUGGGAGCCGCAGCUCAUAUGGCUCUGUUGUUGAAGGGAAAUGAUCAUCACAUUGCAGAGGCUGAGAAGAUUAAUAUUAGGCUUUAUAAUCAUCCUGAUUCAUUGAUCACACUAAAAAGUUUGAAAGCUGCUUACAUUGGUAAGCUUGUUUCUGUACGGGGCACUGUCGUUAAAGUUAGUACUGUGAGGCCACUAAUCAUGCAAAUGGAUUUUACAUGUGUUAAAUGCGGAACCGUUAUUACAAGAGCUUUUCCAGAUGGAAGAUUUUCACCACCAAUAGGUUGCAGUAUUCAUGGAUGCCGAAGCAAGACUUUUACUGCAGUCAGAUCUUCUGCUAAAGCCAUAGAUUUUCAAAAAAUAAGGCGUGAAACUCCUAUCUUUGCUUAG